AUGGACUCCAAACAACCAACCUUUACCCUCCGCACCCACACCCCAUCCGACAUCCCCUGGAUAACAGCCCGCCACGGCGCCCUCUACGCCGAAGAACGAAACUGGGGCCAGGGAUUCUCCACCCUCGUCGACCAGAUCGCCACCGAUUUUCAAACCCACCACGACCCAGCCACCGAGCGCUGCUGGAUCGCCGAAGACGACGACAGCAGCGACGAACAUGAAAGCCGCAACCUGGGCUGCAUCAUGCUGGUCCGCGAACCGGACCAGCCUUCCUCUGCGAAGCUGAGAUUGCUGCUGGUGGAGCCCCGCGCGCGGGGGAGAGGCGUGGGGAAGGCGCUUGUCCGCGCGUGCGUAGACUUUGCCCGGGAGAUGGGGUAUGCGAGGGUAGUGCUCUGGACGCAGAGAGUCCUUGAGUCGGCGAGGAAGCUGUAUGCGGCGGAGGGGUUCUCCCUGGUGCGCGAGGAGGAGCAUGAGGGGUUUGGAGAGAAGGUUUUGGGGGAGGAGUGGGUGCUUGUUUUGUAA